AUGAACUCCAUUCCGACGGAGGACAUUAUUGCCAACAUCGAAUCAAGCCUAAGACAACUACCGCAAGCAGAGGCUGAAGAAAUUCGGAGAGAAGCGUCCCGCAUCCUGCACAAAGCCAAGCCACCAAGAAGUAAUGUCAGCAAUGCAGAGAGAAAAGCCAUAAAAAGUCUCAAUGAAGACAAAUCGAUUUUUAUCCUACCGGCAGACAAAGGCAACGCUACGACUGUUCUCAACACCGAAGACUACCGAAGAAAGAUUAGGGAUCUGUUGGACCCUACGAUCUACGUAAAACUCCGUCGUGACCCUACAUCCAGGAUCCUGAAGAAGACCAACUCACUAAUUAUGAAAUCAACACUACCUGAGAAAACAAAGGAGACAAUUUCAUCAUCUGAAGCGCUCAUCCCCAGAUUAUAUGGAUUGCCAAAAAUCCACAAAGAAGAGUUGCCGUUGAGACCUAUUGUCAGUGCCAUAAACUCUCCUACUCACCUCCUCUCUAAACAUCUUGCCAGUUUGCUGAAACCCCAUGUCGGGGCUACGGAAUCUUUUGUUAGAGAUUCGUCCCACUUCAUAGAGAAGCUCAAAACCUACAGUCUCCAGUCAACAGAUAUCUUGGUAAGCUUCGACGUCGUUUCUCUCUUUACGAGAGUUCCAAUCAAGGAAGCCAUGGAGAACGUACGGGAAAUAUUUUCACCGGAUAUCGCUGAUUUAUUCCAGCAUGUCUUAACGACCACGUAUUUCCAGUGGAACAAUGACAUCUAUGAGCAGAUAGACGGUGUAGCCAUGGGGAGUCCAUUGAGCCCUGUAAUUGCCAACUUCUACAUGGAGAAAUUUGAAGAAGUUGCUCUCAGCACUGCGGAAAAACAACCGACUUGUGGGCUCAGAUACGUCGACGACACUUUCGUGAUAUGGAGCCAUGGAAAAGACGAACUUCACCGAUUCUUGACUCACAUAAACAGCCAACAUGAGAAUAUCCAAUUUACGAUGGAAACCGAAAACGACGGGAAGUUGCCUUUCCUGGAUGUCUUGGUCAGUGGCAGAGAUGACGGAUCCCUAGGACAUCGUGUUUAUCGCAAACCUACACAUACUGAUCGCUAUCUACACAAGGACUCUAAUCACCAUCCUCGACAGAAGAGAGGUGUAAUGAAAACUUUAUUCGUGAGAGCCAACAGAAUCUGCGAACCGACUGCUAUCGAGCAUGAAAUUUCCCACCUCACAAAUGUUUUCCAAGCCAACGGUUUUUCAAAGCAAGAGAUCAAAAGAGCCUUCCACCCCAAAAUAAAAAAAACAGCCACUUAA